AUGGCGGCGGUGGCCGAGCUGGAGUCCUCGUUGGAGCUGAGCCUGGGCGGCGGCGUGGGUCCAGGCGGGCUGCCCCCCGCGCGCUCGCGCAUCUUCAAGAUCAUCGUCAUCGGCGACUCCAACGUGGGCAAGACGUGCCUGACCUACCGCUUCUGCGCCGGGCGCUUCCCGCAGCGCACCGAGGCCACCAUCGGCGUGGACUUCCGCGAGCGCGCCGUCACCAUCGACGGCGAGCGCAUCAAGAUCCAGCUGUGGGAUACAGCGGGACAGGAGCGGUUUAGAAAGAGCAUGGUGCAGCACUACUACAGGAAUGUACACGCUGUUGUGUUUGUGUAUGAUAUGACAAACCUUGCCAGUUUUCACAGUCUGCCAUCAUGGAUAGAGGAAUGCAAACAGCACUUGCUUGCCAACGAUAUACCACGGAUUCUUGUCGGAAAUAAAUGUGACCUGAGAAAUGCUAUUCAGGUGCCUACAGACUUGGCCCAGAAGUUUGCUGAUACUCACAGUAUGCCACUGUUUGAAACCUCUGCUAAAAGCCCCAAUGACAAUGACCAUGUGGAGGCCAUAUUUAUGACACUGGCUCACAAGCUCAAGAGCCACAAGCCAUUGAUGCUUAGUCAACCCCCAGGCAGUGGUGAGAUACACUUAAAACCUGAACCAAAACCUGCCAUGACCUGCUGGUGUUAGAUCACAGUAUUUAUGCAGUCACCACCUCAUUGUAUUUGCAAAUGCUUUAAAAUUACCUUGGUAAAGUUCCAGGUACUAGUAGCAAUUAUAUCAGAUCUCUUUGGCACUUUAAUGUGUUUUUUCUUGUAUCUGUGUGCCCUACUCAUCUCUUUGCACUUUGUAAUUAUUGUACUGUCUGAAUUACUGAAUUUUGAUUGUACACAUACAGGAGAAAAGACUUUCAAGUGAAGUUUAGAUCGAGUGAGCCCACUCAAAGUCACUUGCUGCUUGAGAUAAUUUUCAUCAGUUUUGGUAAGGUUAUAUAUAUAAAUAUCCCAAUUUACUGAUACUACUUUGGCUUGUAUCUCAGUAGGAUAACAUGGGAAGACCUACUCCCUUAGGCCAAGAGACAGAGAAUAGGUGUUGAGCAUCUGGGGUAAUAGUGGAAGUUGUUCUGGCUGCAUUUCUAAACAUCUACACACACAACGGCCUGCUGAGAAAAGAGGGAAAGGGUCAAUAUAGAAUGCUCACAUGGCAUUGACCUUAAUGGUCUGUCAUUUCACAUUAAACCAUGUAUUUUUAUAUAGAGCAAGGGGGAGAGAAUUCACAAACUGUUGUCCUUGUCCUCCCUGCACAGUCGUUCAAAGCUAAACCUUGAUUAAUUUUUGUUUUUUGAGGUUUGCACAUGUCCUCUGCUUUUCAUCUUAUAGAAGAUAGUUUGGGUAAAAGACUGGGGUGGGAUUUUAUGGAAAACUCAGGGGCCUAAUAUCCCACCCAACUUCUAAGAACUAAAAUUAUUUAAGAUCCUAUUGAGAUAUUCUGUAUUUGAAUUGUUCCCAGGGUAAGUAAACACAGUCCAGUAGAUUAAAACACGAGCAAAGUUGGCAGAAGUAAAUAUUGACUUUCUGGCAGGGGAGGAGGGGAUUGUUUUUUAAAUAGUCUGAAAAAAUAAAUUGUAUGAAGAAAGUUAGGAUGCAUUUUUGGGACUAAAGCACUUGGUGGGGAAAUGCUAGUCUUGAUGCCCACUUGCCAAAUAUGAGCCUAUGCCUUAUUUGUUGAAAAUGUCAUAGCCACUAUAAUGUAAUGGUAUAUACAGGUCUCCAUCAAAAUGGGAUUGAAGGCUGCUGUUCUGUGCAACUGAAUUUGCCUACGAACUUCUAGAAUAGCUGAAGGUUAGUUCCUGUCUACACGUGUAAAGAAGAAAAUGAUACAGUCUCUUUAAAGUUUAGAGAAUCUCAUGCUUCUUUAAAAUGCGUGUAAAUUUCUAUAGUGUACGUUAAAUAUGAGGAAGACUUAGUACAUCAUUUUGUCCAUCCCCAAACAAGUCUGUCUCAGCUGUUUGCAGGCUACAUUCUGUGUAAGCGGUCGCCUUGAUUGAUUUCUUAGCAUAGGUAAGGUGAACUGUGCAAAAAAUACGUUUUAGAACCUUCUUCAUCUGGGUUUUACAGAUACUGUAAAUGUAUUGCAAUCUCUUCAUUCCAGUUUUUUGUUUGGAGAUUGUAUUUCUUAUUGAAAAGUAUGCUGAGUUGCACGUAAUCAUAUGGUAACAUCAAAAGGGAAUGCAAGCCAUAUAAUUCAGCAUAUGACUUCAUUCAUGUGGACUGAUCAAACUGUUUUGUUUGAACAUUAAAUGUUCAAAGAAAAUUAAGUCAAAAUGGAGAGCUGUGCUUUAUGAUAUGUCAUGCAUAAUGCUGACUGAAACUAUUACAAUGAUCAUUUUAUAAACUGCCAACAUGGCAGGUUAUGUUAAGAUAAUUUAAGUGCAGAAACAAGAUAAUUGUAUUAACCAAACUAUGAAGGAUAAUAAUGUCAUUCUUUCUCCAUGUUACAUUCUAGAUUUAGAAAGAUCAAUCAAUUUUGACUAAUCGGAAUUAGAAUUAAGAAUUUUUAAAUUUAUUUUUUAUUUGUUUUAAAUAUAAGAUAUACAAUAAUUUUUGUAAAGCUGCUAUAACAACUAUAAUGGUAAUUUUGUUUAUGCAACAUUUUGAAAAAGGGAAAUCUAUCUGCUUUAAACAUUAAACAACUAGGAUUUGGUUUACAAGCCUUCUGAGAACAAUCAGCUUUUUAACAGUAGUGUCCUUAAAGAUUUUUUUAAAAAAGGGAUUGAUCUUAAAUUUAUUUGUAUAAUAUUACAAAUAAGUAUGGUUUACAGUCCUCUUGGACAGUUUUUUUCACUCAUGUCCUUAUACUUUUAAAAAAGGAUUAAUCUUAAGUGUUUGUAUAGUAUUCAAGUAUUUCAACAAGCUUUCUAACCGUAACUUUUUAUUUUUUAGAAUAAAAACAGAAGGCAGAAUUAAAGUCAGUCAGGGUAGGGGUUGACAUAAGGAAAUAAAUUUAGUAGAUAUAAUAUAAAUGUUAAACUCUAUUACAACCACCUGGAAACCCGCUAAAUUUUGUUUAAGUAAAAUUUACAACUUGUAAAUAAGGGCCCUGUGUCAUCAAAUCAUGUGAAAUAAAUUUUAGCUAUGUAAUCUUGCCUUCAGCACCAAGCAUGUUUUAUUAGUUCUGCCACAGUGACAACAAUUACUGAUCAUUAAUUCAGGAACCAGUAUGCUUCUUGGCUUUCAGUAGUAAUGUCUGACACUCAAAGUCUUAUGUCAAAGAUACUGAAUAUUUUGUAUAUGUAUUUUCACCCUGUCAGAAUUCAAGUCAGGUAAUUUUGUAUCUGUUUAAAACAAUAUUAUGUGACACAAUCCCAGAAACCUAAUAAACUGGCUUUGCCACAAAUAA